UGUCCUGCACAUGCAUGCGUCUGUUGCUUGUUGUUCUCUCUCCCUGCUGGAAGCUUUGCAAAUGCAACAGGAGUAAAAAGGUUGUCCACAGACUGCAGACAGAAACUGACAGAGGACGAAUGGGCUGAUUGCAAAGCAACACAGAAACAAUCUUUGGACACAUAAGACUGACACCAUGGAUGGUGCUGUAUGGUGGUUUCUUCAUGCCACUCUGGGAGCUAUGCAGUAGGAUGUAUGUCUGUGUCUCUAUCUGGAGGCUCCCACAGAUGACUUCCCACCUCUGCAUACUCAUCCUGUCGUGCUUGGCAGUCUCUUCCCAAAUGGGUUUGGAGGAUGUUUUCUUCAGUCCCCAGGACCAGACAGUCAGAGAAGGAGAGGGAGUUUUCUUCCAGUGUGUGUCAGGGGAAAGUUCACCUCCAGCAAGCAUCACCUGGCUCAAAGAUGGGACACUGGUCGCAAGAGGGAGACACAUUCAGGGUGAGUAUGGAGGGGGUAACCAGAAGAAGAUCUCAGGUACUCUGCAUCUUUUCAACGUAACAUUAGAGGAUGAUGGGAUAUACAUUUGUGUCACACACAAUCCUUUGCUGAACAUCGACAAGAAGAGCAACCCAGCUAAACUGACUGUGCAGGGGGUCCCUAGAAGGCUGCAGAUCAUCCAAGGGCCUAACAACAUCACUGUUGCUAUAGGAACAGAGGUCUCCAUGCACUGUGCUGUACAUGGUUUCCCUGUUCCCAUGGUGCACUGGUUCAAAGACGGCUGCCUCCUGUCGAACUGCUCGGUCUCGUUCAGCCUCCAGAACAAUGGACAGCUGCUCACAUUCAGGAAUGUGACCAGGGAAGAUGAGGGCUCGUAUCACUGUGAAGCAUUCAACCAGAAAGAGUCAAUCAAGUCACAGCCAGCCUUCCUCCAUCUAGCCGAGAUGGACUGGAGUUUCGUCCAGCAGCCUGUAAACCUGACAGUGAUGAGAGGAGAAAAUGUUACAGUCACCUGCCGGCCUCCAUACAGCAGACCAGCAGCACAGGUGUCGUGGUUUAAAAACAACCAACUUCUCACUCAGUCAGUUCACGAGACUGUGCUGCCCAAUGGAGACCUCUUCUUCCACAGUGUCCAGGAGUAUGACAGUGGGAGUUACUUCUGCAGGGCCUCCAACAUCCACCUUCAAAGAUUUCUCACCUCCAGAAGAGCAACCCUGACUGUGCUGGCCCCUCCAUCGGUAAAACUGUGGCCCCAGAUGUUGACGGUGCAUGUGGGUGCUCGGGUGGUGCUGGAGUGUAAGGUGUCUGGUCACCCUCUACCCUCCAUCAGCUGGGUGAAGAGAGGCCACUCAAAGCAGACUGGAGGCAAGAUCAUUUUGGGACUGAGAAAUGCCACUCUCUACAUCCACUCAGCCAGGAGCUAUGAUGAGGGAGUAUAUGCGUGCGAGGCCUCCAACACUCUGGGCCACAGCCAUAAGACAGCAAUGCUGAGAGUUGCUGUGAGUCCCAUCAUAGUGACCAUUUUAGGUCAAGUGAGCUGCCGGAUUGGGGCUUCAGUGGUCCUGCCCUGCAGGGCUGUAGGGAUUCAACCCAUCACAUAUACCUGGACCAGGGGCAGAGCGGAGACACAGUCCCCCAUCAGUCCCACUGAGCACAGACACAUUGAUGAAGAUGGAGCGCUGCAUAUUUCCAGUGUGCAAUAUUCUGAUGUAGGGGAAUAUUACUGUACUGCUGAGAACAGAGCAGGACGACAUCAGAGACGUAGCAUCCUCACUGUCACAGCUGAACAUCGUGCAGCUGUUAGAGGCAAGCAGACAAGACUGGUUUUGUCUGCUAACACCGGCACUAGCAAAGAUCUGCCAGUGUCCCAAUCCAGUGAUUCUAUGGCUGAGCAACACCUUGAGACAACACAUCAUCCACAAGUCCAGGCGCAGCACAAGGAGGCCACAUGCUCCUUAUCACACUGUGAUGAAACAACUUACAGUGCUACCACAUCGUCUACACUUUCAAGAGGAGCAGUGGCUGAGAUAAAGAUGCCACAACAGUCACUUGGCUAUCUUUCACAUCACCCCCUGAAUCAGCCAACAACCAAUCCAACUCAGCCAUUAGUCACACAAAUGCAGCCUCCUAUGUUACCACCUCAUCCACACCCAAACUUCCAGUCAGUAGAUCUCCACACCCAACUGCCACUGACUAGAGAUCCUCUUACGAUUUCAAAUACUGAAACGCCGAUAACACACAGCCAGACAUCAGUAGUCACCAGCAAAGGUUUGGGUUCAACCCUUCAGUAUCUGCUCAUUAAAAGUCAAUCCCAUUUAACAUUAACAUCAUCACGUACAAAAUUGCAUUCAUCAAAUCAAGUCAGUGAUGAAUUGUUGACAGAGUCUCAUACUCAGGGCUCUAAGGUCCGUGCAGUGUCUUUAGCCAAUCAAUUUAAAGAACCCUUCACUGAGACGGUAAAGCCUUCAGUGGUUGGACCCUUUGGCUUUCUCAAGUUGGAUUUGUAUUCAAUCACCCAGUCUUCAGCUUCACAAGCUGAAUCCCACCAAACUCCAACUGACCAACUGGUUACAAAAAGUCAAUUUUACCAAUCCUAUCAUGAGCCGACCUUAACCCAGAUUUCUCAAACCAAACUCGAGCACCAAGUUCAACGUCUCCACCAGAAAACACAUCUGCAGCUUUCACCAACCAUCUCACAAAUAACUAAAUCUGAUCCUCAACAACCCUUUACUCAAAGUCUUUUUCCAAAGUUCCAUCUGGAGCAAUCAAAAAUCACACAUGAUUUGUCUUUCACACAACCUCCACCUUCUCCAUUCACAAAGCCUCAACAAUCCCAAACUUACAGUCAACCUUUCCCUGCAAAACCAACUUUAACCAUAUCUUCAUCUCCAACACAACAUCCACUACUCCACUCACAGCCUCCCCUACCACAGACAGAAAAGUUUCCGUUCCAACACAGAGACCCUCUUCAAAUCCAGCCUUCAAUCUCAACCAUUCAUGAGACAUCCGAUUAUUCAACGCCUGAGAUUCCUGUUGUCCAUCAGGUCAAUGUGUCCGAUCAGAUACAGCUAAAUACUAGCCAGCAAGGUGACCCAGUUCAGUCAAAUAAAUCAUCCAAUGACACAGAGCUUACAGAGUGGCUGAAGAGGAACACCUCCCAAUCCCCUAUGACCAGCAAUGAUCCCAGAGUAACGCAGCAGUCUCCAUCAUGGUUGCCUGUGCUGGAGAAACAUGACAUUCCCAUUGUGGUGGGAGUGGGUGUAUCUCUGGCCUUCAUCUUCAUCACUGUUACCUUCUAUUCAGUGGUCCAGAAGAACGAACUUGCAUCAACAAGCCGAGCAGUUCAGAGGACUCUAGGGGUCCCCAUACGACACACUGAACAUCGAACUGCAGGACGUACAUACGAAAACAGAGCUUUUGAAGACGAUGACUGUGUGGCGGUGAUUGAGCAGAGCCCCAACACAUCAGACACCCGAGCCCGACCUCCAGGACCAAGCCUGGUCACGGUGCAGAUAGAGCCUACAUUUGAGGAUCUUCAGGAGGACACACAGCCUGCUCUAGACGAUCACUUAGUCACUAUAGAGACUUAUCCUGAGCCCAUUCUUGACACAAAGGUUGAACCCUCUCUGGAGGAGGAGAAGGGCUGCAGCUUGUCGCAGCCCAGCAUCCAGCUGCAGUGUGCUGAGGAUUGGACCAGUAACAGAGGAGACAACUGCAGCCAAUGCCAGGAUGCCUUGCCUCCCCCAUCAUCCUUACCCUCCCGUUCACCUUCCCCCUCUCCACCAUCAAGACAUGAGGAGGGCCUCCGCUCCUCGUUAACCCUGCAAAGUGCUGAGCCAUGUGUAGCACCCAUCCACCACAGCCUCACCAUCUCACAUGGCAACCCUCCCCGGCUCCUUUCUCACCAUGUCUCCUUGGGCCUUACUACGGUAGCAGUGGAUGUCCACUUUUACCCAGCAACCACUGCUUCAGUGGCAGUUGGCACUAGCACUCAUAUCAAUUCAGUCUCUAAUUCCACUUCAGUGACGGCACCUGUGUUCAGUCCCCCAUUAGUUAAUAGUCAGGAGAAUGACCAAUCCGCUGCCAGAGUUCAUCAGUGUAAGUAGCAACAGAUCAAUCAUCAAGUCCAAGACAUCCUCAUCUAUUGUAACCAACCCGAUUUCAAGAUAAGCCAUCAAAAAUAUUUUGACAUAAAAAAACAUUUUUAAUGAUUUUUUGACACGUAUUUGGCAUAUAAUAACUGAACAAUUAGCACAGGAUGACAACUUGCAAAAUGUAUUUUUUUUAUUUACUGUGUCUUUAAGUAUGUGUUUAGAGCCUGGAGGUGAUUAGUUUAGCAUAAAGGCUGGAGGCAGGGGGAAACAGCUAGCUUGGCUCUGUCAAAUGUACCUAAAAACUAAUUUUAAAAUCACUAAUAGAGUAUUGUGCAUGAACGCACUGAAAAAGGGUUCAUUUAAAGUGCUCACCAAUGUGAUGUGAAGGCUAAUCUGAACGUAUCAGUUUGCAACUAAUAAAUGUGACUUGAGUGUCUUUCACUCCCGCAACACUUAACAACGCUUACAUACUGUGUUUUACUGUUCCCCCGCCAGGCUAGAUGUUUCUACCUGCCUUCAGUCAUAAUGCUAAGCUAGGCUUUCUGCCUCCUGACUCCAGUUCUGUAUUCAGAACUAUUUCUAACAUAUUCUGUUUUAGCAUCCACAUCUUUCUGUGAAUGUGCAUUUCAUAGCUUUAGUACAGCACUUUUUGUACUACUCCUUGUGGUCACAUGUUUACUGUCAUUUUAUACAGUUUGACUGCAGUGCAGGUUCUGAUUACAACUACUAGUCUUGUUUUCUUAAUUGUACUAUUGAAACAGGAAAGAGAAAAUGUUUAUUAUUCAUUGUAUUAAUUAUUAUAUAGGAAUCACAUGUUUAAAUCUGAUUCAUAUUGUGUUAUUGGUUUUUAGUUAGUUUAAGUAGACCUAUAGUAAGACUUAAAUGUGUUGUAUGGUGUUGACUUUGUUAGUGAAACCGCUAAGGAUACUUUACUUUGUCACAAAAUACUGUUUUUUUGUUUGUUUUAGUGACCAUGAUCAUUUUCCUUAUAUCAAGCUACUUGACUGUUAACACCUUUUCUUAAAACCAAAGGAGAAUAAGAGGGGCUGGAUCAAUAAAAAA